ACUACGCGGAAGUGGCAGGCGGAAAAACCUCGGCGGAAACGGUCGGGUCUGUCAAGAGGAGAACUGUUUGUUGGCACAAAGAAUUUCACCUUAACAAAUACCCUUAGCUUUUUUCCCCCCCGGAUUCAAUUACCCACUACUAUGAUCCUGUUAGAAAUCAAUAACCGCAUCAUAGAAGAGACGCUGUCGCUCAAGUUCGACGGAGCUUCAAACGGAACCAAACCAGAGGCUGUGGAUGUAACCUUUGCAGACUUCGAUGGUGUCCUUUACCACAUCUCCAAUCCCAAUGGGGACAAGACCAAAGUGAUGGUCAGCAUUUCCUUAAAGUUCUACAAAGAGCUUCAGGAGCAUGGAGCUGAUGAGUUGCUUAAGAGAGUCUAUGGAAGCUCCUUGGUGUCAGCAGAACCUGGCUACAACGUCUCUCUUCUGUAUGACUUGGACAAUCUACCAGGCAAUAAAGACGAGCUAGUGCACCAGGCAGGGAUGCUGAAAAGAAACUGCUUUGCCUCUGUUUUCGAAAAGUAUUUCAAGUUCCAGGAGGAAGGCAAAGAGGGCGAGAAGAGGGCUGUGGUCCACUACAGAGAUGACGAGUCCAUGUACGUGGAGGCCAAAAAAGACAGAGUGACAGUUGUGUUCAGCACAGUGUUCAAGGAUGAUGACGAUGUUAUCAUUGGGAAAGUCUUCAUGCAGGAGUUUAAAGAGGGCCGGCGAGCCAGUCACACAGCCCCGCAGGUUCUGUUCAGCCACCGGGAGCCGCCGCUGGAGCUGAAGGACACAGAUGCUGCAGUUGGGGAUAACAUUGGUUACAUCACUUUCGUCCUGUUUCCACGUCACACCAAUGCUAAUGCCAGAGACAACACCAUCAACCUCAUCCACACUUUCAGGGACUACCUGCAUUACCACAUAAAGUGCUCCAAGGCCUAUAUACACACUCGUAUGAGGGCCAAGACGUCAGACUUCCUCAAGGUUCUCAACCGUGCUCGACCUGAUGCUGAGAAGAAAGAGAUGAAGACCAUCAGUGGCAAGACCUUCAUGCGCUGAUGCCGAGUCCAGUCCAGUGGUCCACACCACCGUGGUCAGAACCAAACACAGCGUGCUGCGACUCAACGCACCAUUGGACAGUGACAGGAAAAUGCCCCUCCCCUUCCCCCCCAAAAAGUGUCCAGUCUUAAUUUCUUUUAAUCACGUCACCGAAUAAUGAUGCUCCCCACAGCUACUGAGAAUUAUAAGUCCGCUAUAAAUAUAUAUAUGGAGAAAAGAACAUUUUUGAUACAAUAUCAUUUACUCUAUUGGUACUUUUGCAUAUGAUAUUCAGCCCCUCUCUGUCUUCUGAGCUUCAUGUCAUCAUCAUUUGGAAAAAAUAAAGGAAAAAAACCCUCAAACUUC